AUGUACAGCGAAUGGUGCUCCCUUGAGGGCGACGUGCUUGGACUCAGGAAUCAACUCUCGGUCCUCAAUCGUUUUCCGCCGAAAGUCGCUAAGGAGGUCUCAGAUCUCAUCGUUUUCUCGAUCGUGUCGUCCAACGUCGAUCUUGUCACUGAAAAAGAGGUGAAAUUCACCGAGGAAAUCCUCUGCUAUGCGUUGAGUCUGUCCUUCACCGACGACAAGAGCGUCCAAACCGUCAAAGAUGCGGUCCGUCUUUACUGCGACUGGCUUCGCGUUGUUGUCGACCCAUCCGAGCGGAUUCCCCUUCCAGUUCGGAAAAACCCGGAGCCGCAUUUGAAGAAGAUUCUUGAGCACCUGCAGAACCUUUUUGUCCCGAGAGUAGAACGACGAUGGCUCGAUGUUCAGUACAAUCUCUGUAAAACUGUCCUAAAGUCUGUCCUUGCCGUUUGCAAAGAAACCACCUCCCUAGAAGCAGCGACAUGGGAAACAAUCCUUCUCUUCUUCCUAGCAAUUGCGGAUACUCUUCUAGCGCCGCCCCUGGCAACAGGCGGCCUGGCGGAUCUCCUGGGAUCUGAGCUCAUCAAAACUCUUUUCGAAGUUUGGCUGGUCGCUUGCGCAAAGAACUUCCCAACGCCGACGUUUUGGAAAACGCUGACCGAUUUUGUCCAAGGCUGGCGGCACCAUUACGCGGUGAUUGACUGGUGGAGUAGGUUUACAGCUGUUUUGACGAGAGAUGUCAUCUCCAGCUCCCAGGGGCCGACGUAUCCGGAACUCCUCGUCCCAGAAGAAGAUAAGAACCUGAUCUACCCAAUGGACCAAGAGACCAUCACUCUGGCUUGGUACCAGUUCCUCAGAAUCAUCUCCAAUCCAGUUGAGCUGACGGACACGUCAAAAUUCGCCCGCCGCGACAAAUUCGUCCAAAUGGCGAAGCUCAACGGAAGAAACGAUCAAAUGCUCAGCACGCUGAACCACCCCUGUUUGCAAAAGCUACCUGAGAACUUUCUCCGCCUGAUGCAGGGAAUAAGCCAGCUUUGUGACGGCUUCCUUGGCUUGUCAAACACGGAAGAGUAUCGACGGGAGCUCAAAUUUGGAACGAUUUCGGGUCAUUCAGGAUCCAUCCCCAAGCCGCCAAAGAGUUUCAUGGGCUCAGAAAUGUCCGAAUCGAUUCACAAAACAUCGAAAGGAACAUCGGGUCGAAACUCCUCGGGCAAUGUGAUUUCCGAAGUGAGUUCCAGCUACCUCCAAGCUAGUCUUCAAAUGCGCACUGAAUUCACGGAUACGAAGCCGCGAUCGCGCCCGUACGUCAACUCCCUCCUCAAUCUUUUCGGAAAGUGGCUGUUUGAUGCGUCCCUUGGAGCUCCAGCAGAUGUCGACACCGCUUCGUUUUCUAGAGCCACUUCGAUUUCAGAGCCAAGUUGGCAUUCUGAAAUGAUCCCGAGCCCUGGGCUCGACGAUUCGGAGAGAAACGAAGCUGGCAGAGCAGAAGCGCUGGGCUGCUUGUCCCGUAUUUUGAGCACAAUAAGGACCAAUGAGAAGAUCAUCCCCGCGUACUUAGCCCGAGCUUACCUCGUCUUAUCACAUGGGCUGAUCGACGAGUCCUCAGCCACAAGAGCCGCGAUACUGAUCUUUGGCUGCGAUUUCCUGCGCGUGAAUUUGCCCGGCGUUACGUGUCUCUAUCCCCUCUUCAUCACGGUGCUGGAAACUUUAAUCCCGGACGGUAAAAUGUCAAACUACCAGCCGGUCGUUAAUUUAGCUGAUUUGCGGUUUUCCGCCGUCCAAAUGCUCUUGUCCAUGACCGCCUUUCCUCUCCACUACGGCAACGCGCAGAUCAGCCUCCUCCCCUCCGUCGACCUUGGAAACAAUAAGGAAUCUAAAUUCGUCUUCUCAGACUUUUUCAAUCGCCAGGCGGCGCUGCUCUUUGAAGAAAUCAACACGGACCUAGAUUCGACAAACUUGCAAAUGACGAUCGCAGCGCUCCACCAACUGCUGGUAAAUACGAUGGUCAAAUUCCUCGCAGAGCAGAAUUCGAACGAAGAUGCGCAAAGUUUGAGCUCUGAUUCAACAAUACGAUCAGGGGACAUUCUCAAGGAAAAUAGCUUGGACAACAUGGCAUCAGCUCCGGGACUGAUUCUAGCGACGGUUCAGAAACUGACGGCAAAGUUGGACAAGUGGGCUUCCAGUUCCAACCGCGUCCUGUCAGUCGUUCUCUCUGUUUUUGAAGUUCUCGGCGCCCUAGCUGGUUAUAUACAAGAAAUUCUCCCGCCAAAGCUGUGUUUUGAUCAAAGCAGACUUGUCGUCAAACAUCUCUGCAACUACAUUCAGCAGAGCAUCGGCAGAGAUCGUCGAGAACAUCGUCGGGAACUCCACUCGACCAUCGUUGCCGCUUUUCGCUGCGUCUCUCGCUGGUUGAAGCUUCAUCCGGAGCUGUUGGACGAUUCGAAGUUUUUGUACUACUUGAUGGAGGUCCUGGAGCUCGGAAUUUCAGGGAAAAAGUCGAGGAAUUCGAACAAAGUCGACACGGCGAAGCAUGAAAAGUUCAGCGAACCAGUUUCGGGGCGCGUUCGUCAUGCGGCAGAGGAAGUGUUGCAUCUCAUCUUUCAACGGAACAUUACCGACAGUCAGGUGGAUGAGAGUGUGCUGAAAACCGAGUCGUUGGAGUUCUACUAUCUUUACGGAAACGCGCUCGUGACUGUAGCAGAGUAUCCAGACAGUGAGAGCCAGAACCCCUGUGUGGUCAUGAUCGUCCGUCAUCCAGGUGGAAGAACAGCGUGGAAAAUGGAGCACGAAUUGACAAGUAGCGCUAAUUCCAAGCCGCCUGAGAUCAAGCAACUGCCGCUGGAUAAAUUUGAAAUGGACCCGAUUUUCUACCCAACUUCAAAGACUGUUCCCAUCGGCACUGAGCGAAUUCCACGCGUCCAGGCCGACUUUUCGAUUCCCUCGAUCGAAGGAGUAGCUGCUGAAGAAGAUGAAAUUGUACAAGACGAGAUUAGCUCUCUCCAAGAAGAACUCGACAGACAAAUCGAAGCUGACGAGGCCAAAUCUACUCGAGAAACGUCGAUUAAUCCAUGCAAUCAGCCAAAUCCCGUGAAAGAGUUCCAGAGCGCCAGAUUGCUGUUUGGAUCGUUGGGAUUGUUGCAACUGGAUAGUGUGAAAAAGCAGGCUUCGCUGGGAGAUCACGCUGAUUUGGUGCGACUACGAGGAGGGGCAGAUAUCAUUGAAGAACUGCACACGCUCGAUCAAAUGCCGCACACACAUCAUGACACGGGUUUUGUCUUUUACGUCCAAGCAGGUUGUUAUCAGCGUGAACAGAUUUAUGCUUCGACUACGGGGAGACAGACAAAAGCUCUAAGCAAAGACUUCAUCGAGUUUCUCUUCAACCUUGGCCAACCAGUCAGCGUCGAUGACCAUUCAGAUUGGACUGGAAAUGUCAAAACCAGCUACCGAAUUCGUAAAGCGCCGAAGAAGGAGAAAGCUGAUCUGAGCAAGGAUCAAAUUCUUAAUGGACGCGGGAUUGGCUCGCUCAAUGGCGAGAAUUUAGUGCUUUACUGGGCGGACUAUCACAACGAGGUCGCCUUUUUGGUGCCGAGUCCGAGAGAAUCGUCGGAGGUCUCGUUCAAUUUAGGAGAUGAUCAGUCCGAAGACAGUAAAUCCGUUGCAUCGAGCAGAAAACUCAAUCCAGGGAGCUGCGAUUCGCGCGUCCUGAUCUUUUGGCUUGAAGACUGGGACGACAUCGACUACAUCCCGAUCGACACGCUUACCAACGAUGCAACUACAGGAGAAGAGCCUGCGCAAGAUGUUUCUGUCAUCUUUCUUCAUCCGCUGCGAAAUGGGCUCGUUCGUGUUAGCACUAGAAUGGCUCAGAACUUGAAAGGUCAUCCAUCGCCGCUGGUUUCUGGCUCAGUCGUCUCCAAAUCGAUUCUGAGUUUAAUGGUGCGCGAGACAGUCAUCAACUACGGGAACAGGAAGCGCCUGGACAGCGACGCGCACACCCAUGCCAGCCACAGACGAAUGCGAAAGAUUCAAGAGGUCAAGGACCAUUACCAGCACAUUCUAAAGGAAGAAAAGUUUUACAGCACAAUCUUAUCGCCUCCGUCUGUAGUCCAGGAUCGAAGAGGUUCCUUGAUCUCUCAAGCUUCACAUCCGCACUCGAUCGACAUGCAAGUCGGCUGA